GUAAUUCACAUGCUGCGCUACCAGGCGUCCGUGUACGGCGAUUCGUACGGAAAUGACUAUCAUUUACCAGUACAGGGACCAUCAACAAUCGCUUCGUCCAACGGACUCCGGUCGCAGCAAAGCAAAAUAAUCAAACGACCGCCGACAAAUUACAAAAGUAUACCAGCAUGUCGGUUGGCACCCCGUCGUCGUCUGUUCGUUGCCGAUGGCAAUGGCGUUCAGAAAUCGAUGACAAGUAGUUCAGGAGUGACGUUUCCACCACCAGAUUAUAUGAAAAAGAUGAAAGAGAAUUACGAGAGUGGAAAAAUAAUUUACAUUCGUCGUAACAAUCCUGGAAUGAAAGGUAAUCAAAUGACUGGAAGACUGACUACAAUAAAUUCUUCUAUACGAGCCCCAUCAUACCAUGCAACUUCAAUGUCAGCAGGAAGUGUGACUCUUGAUACAAGUGGCAGCGCUCCAAAAUAUGUGUAUCGUCUGCCAAAAGCAGAAUACGGCAAUAAGUUCGAUGAAAAUCGUCCCGCAUCGAACAUGUAUGUCCCAGCACAAGAGCCACCGAAACAACAUUUUACAACUGUUCCGGCAUGUAUGUCAAUGGGUGGAGAAGUAGUUUUUGAAGAAGAAUUAGACGAUGAAAUUGCCGAUCUAGGAGCUGACGAAUUGACUGGAGAUGGUUUCAACGCUGAUAAAUCACCAAAAUCAGAGUCACCUGAUCCUUAUUUAAAAUCGUCCGGACCGUUGGUUCAACCAUGCAUGACAUCAAAAUCGCCCAGCUAUAACUUGCUUCAGAGAAAUCGGUUGCAAACGUCAAGAUUUGCGUGUCCCCAACAAGACUGCUUCUGGCGUGGUACUAAUGAAAUGUCAAUGAAAAAACACAUGUUAGUUCAUGGUCCAAAGCAGCCAGUUAUAUACGACAAAACUGGUGAGGCAAUGAAAGUUCAGCUGGUUCAGCCAAAACCCAAAGGAGUGAAAUGUAGUGAAUGUGACACAUUCGCAUAUUCCCGCCCUCUCCUACUUCGUCAUAUGUAUGACUCGCACGGAAUUGAAGCUCCUCUUGUUAAACGAACAUUUGCCAAUCGUGAAAUGCUCCAAUCGUGGCUCGAUUCUCUUCGUGAGACUCAUGCAGUCGAGUUUGUCGUCUCAUCAGGAUCCAAAAAGUGGGGACGAGGACUUCAAGUUCACUAUCUGACAUGUUCUAGAAGUGGUGAUCAGAAGGAGAGACCUAACAAGAAAUACGUGAGACCACCCAGACCGUCAAUAAAGUGUGGUAGAAAUUGUAUGGCUUAUUUGAAAAUCAAGCAGAAUCCGACGGUCUCCGAACUACAAAUUGAAGGAUGCCUUCAUCACAGUGGACAUGAAAUUGAUCACACAAGAAUGGUUCUAGAAUCGAAUGAGCUGGCUUCAAUUGGAGCCAUCGUCGACGCAGUUAAUGAAGGUGUCGAUGUUUUAGGAAAUGUUGAAACUAUUCGCAGCUAUCUUGGAUCUUCUGGACGAUUCCGUCUCGUCACUGAAAACGGACUAAUUGAACAAAUGCCAAUUUGGUUCGAACAAUAUCAUCGAGAUAUGGCUGCUUUUAAUGGAACUGGCUAUCGUAACAAUUCAGGACCAAUUCCAAUCACUAACCCAUAUUUGUCAAUGACAAUGAAACCUUCUAUAAAUGGAAACCGCAGACUUCCAUAUUCCGGUAUGACUAUAAAGAAGGAGCUAGAAUCAAUUACGAUGAAGAAGGCUGUGCCGAUUCGUUUCAAUGGAGGACAACUUCAAAAUCUCGAAAUGAAUUCGAGUAUUGAGGAGUAUGACGAAAGUAAAGUCAAAAUUGAAAUGGACGAUGAAGAUGCUCUCGCGACUCAAAGUAUUUUGAAAGAUGACUUUGAAGAAUUCAAAACCGAAGAUUUAUUUGGACUCGGUGGAGGAGACGAUGAAAUUUUGUGUGGCGGAGAAGAAGCUUCAGGAGUUACUUCUAAUAUUGAUGGGAUUCUCGCUGCAAAUCUUCCAGAUAACUUUAAUGAUCCGCUGUGCGGUAUGGACUUGGCCACUGAUUUCAGUGGACCAUUUGAUGAUGACGUAUUCGAUGAGCUACUUGGACUCACUAAUUUCAACGAUCGUCACAAUAAUCUCAAUAUUUCUUAGAGUAAAAUAGAAUAUACAUAGCUAGAUUUCUUCCUCUUUCAGUCUAGCUAGAUUCCUUUUUUUUGUUUUAAAAGAGAUUUAAACCUUUUUGGUCAUUUUAUCUUUUGUUCAUGUUUUUCUUCUGUUGUGUAGUUUUAGAUUUUAGUUCAGUGUGUUAUUUCUAGUUGUAGUGUGUUUUUUCUUUCUAUUUUACUCUUUUAGGUUGUGUUACCCUUUUAAUUUUAAGAAAGCUUUGACUAUGAAUUAAAUCUUUUAUUGUAAUCUUCAAUUUUCAAUCUUUUAUAAUAAUCUUCAAUUUUCAGUAGAUCAAUACAUUUUGGUUAUCUUCUUUUUUGAGAAAUACCGUACCCACCUCUCUGCACUUUGUCAUAUAAGCUAGGAAGUUGGUUGUAUUCUACGUUUCUUUUUACCUUUACAUUGUUUCUUUAUAUUCAUCUUCUUAAUGCUCAUUUCAAUGUAAAUAUACUCGGUUAUCAAAAGAUUACCAGAGUCAUCCAUUCACCCUCUCUUCUGAUUAAAGUGUAGACCCAAAUUUAAAGAAAUAAUAUAUCAAACGUAUUCCCUAGCUUCUGUUCUUUGUGUUUACGCCUAUGAAUAAAACAUGAAAUCCUUCU